UGCAGUUGUAGUAAUUCAGGAGUUGUUACACGCACACAUGAACUAGUAUAUACACAUUUUUUUCCCUUCGUUUUGAAAAGUGGUUUUGAAGACCUCUCUGUACCAAAGUUUCUGGCUCUUAGACUACACGAGGAAGGGCGUAGACUAGCUCCCCCGCUCCCCACAAUGAUGAUGCAACCAAUUACGCCGAGGAGUUCCGCGCAGUCACAGAAGAGCUUCAACUUGACGAGACUUACUAGAUUACUCAAUUGCUUCUUAGUUCCAACCAGCAAGGCGCGCGUUGCUUGCUCCAAUUAUCUGUCGCAAAACGAUACCAUCUAAAUAUUUCCGUGGGUUCCAGAGUUCUAGUUCUUUCGGCCCCUCCUACUACCCUUAGUCAAGUCUCAGACAACUGGAGCUUAUUUACAUAAGAACGCGGAAUUACCAGCGUCUUCAAUACUAAUCCCCUCUUGUAUAAGAACGCACCAGCGCCCUUCUUCAAUUGCAUUCUCCCACAUCAAACAACCUCAAAACAGCACAUAGAUCAAUCUUUUCAAUAAAUCCCACCCCACCACCUCUACAAUGGCCAGCGCGACAAAGAAAGCCCGGACUACCCCUCCCUACGAACUCAUCUACUGGCCGUCCAUUCCAGGCCGCGGUGAGUUCGUUCGACUCGUACUAGAAGCCACUGGGACGUCAUACACGGACGUAGGAAACGCUUCCGAAGACGGCAUUCAAGCCGUACUCGCGCUGAAAGACGAAAAUGCCACCACAAGCGGAGAGGGAAACCCGCCUGCGUUCGCGCCACCUGCAUUGAAAGUGCCUGGCGAAGGUAAAGACGGGAAGGCAUUGGUGAUAUAUCAGACUCCUAGCAUACUUGCAUACCUCGGUGAAAAGCUCGAUCUGGCUGGCACCGAUGAAGCUGAGAAACACUAUGUUCUGUCGCACGCACUGACGGCCCUGGACCUCAAUAACGAGGCGCACGAUACCCACCACCCAAUUGCCCCACAUCUUUACUAUGAAGACCAGAAGGAUGAGUCUCUGCGCAAAGCUCAAGCCUUUCGCGAAUCCCGCUUGCCCAAGUUCUUCGGCUUCUUCGAGCGUGUGUUGAAGGGGAACGAGGGCGAGGGAAACGGCAAAUACCUGGUGGGUAAGAAGCUGAGUUAUGCGGAUACAACGGUGUGGCAGGUGUUGGAUGGACUUAAGUUUGCAUUCCCCAAGGAGCUGGCGGCGAUCGAGAAAGAUUACCCGACAUUGUUCGGCAGCUUCUACACUGGAAUCAAGGAUGAGGGUGGACUGAAGGACUAUCUGGCGAGUAAGCGUCGGCUCCCAUACAGCGAGGGUGUUUUCAGACACUAUCCAGAGCUGGACCGACAGUAGGUAAAU